AUGGCUAUUUCGAACUUUUUAAAUCCUAUCGACGAGCAAAUCAACAAUACAGAAGUUACAACAGAUGAGGAGGGUAUACUACAGGAGAUUUUGGAUGAGCAUCUUAGUGAUCCUACUCAAAAUGAUGAGCAAGAAGAGGAGCCUGAGACUGAAGAGGCUGUUUAUUCAGCCUCUGAUGCUCGCAAUGCCCUUAAAGUUCUGAUUGAGUAUACGUCCCCUUCGCGCCCGAUGUCCCUUGCCACCGCUGCGUGUAGCGGCUACAUCAAUGGCUACGAUGGGGAAGUAAUCAAGCGGACGACGUUCAAGAUGGCAAAGGAUGGGACGGCACAGGGCAUGGCGAGUAGGUCUACGCCGAAGGGGGCGAAGGCGGAUGGAGCGAAAACGGUGUUGCCGGAGGGGGGGAAUGUGUCGAAGAAACUGUUGAUUCUGAGGGAAGAGGGCGUCGGGUUUGAUGAGGGGGAAAGCGUUAAAAGGUGCUUGGGGAUGGGCCGUGGAAAGUGUAGACUGGAUGGGUAG